UAAAAAAGUUACACACAGUUCAAUCUCUCAAGUCAGUUCGAUCUCUCGAAACAAAUAAUUCGUAUAUUGAAACAUUUGAGGUUAUGUACUAAAAUACUUAAGAAAAUGUUAUUAACAUUUAAUUAUAAUUGGUUCAUAGGAAGUUUUUUUAUUGCAAUUGUAACUGCUAGUUCACAGAAUUCUGGAAGAGGUUUUGGGGAACAGUACAAUUGGUUCAGUUUAAAGGAAGGUUUGGAAAGAGCAAGGAAUAACAACAAACCUCUGAUGCUGAUUAUUCACAAGACAUGGUGUGGAGCUUGUAAAGCCUUGAAGUCCCAGUUUUCAGCUUCAAAGGAGAUAGAAGUCUUGAGCUCUCAUUUUGUGAUGGUGAAUGCAGAAGAUGAUGAGGAACCAAAGGAUGAACAGUAUUUUCCAGAUGGGGGAUAUGUUCCAAGGAUCCUCUUUGUUGUUACUUCAGAAGUAUUGAGCACUUCAACUUUUAGGCAAUUUUGGGAUCUUCAAGACCAAGAAACAUCCGAGAAAGGAGGUGGCAAAAACCCACAACUGGGUUGUACAGCCAAGAAAAAACAACAACUGAUGUAAAUAAAUAGAUUUAUGAAGAUAUCAACUGGCUCAGAAGAGGAUACAACGUGGAAUUUUGUAAACAUUCUUAUGUCCAUCUCCUAUUUUCAGGUAAAGAUUAAAUUAUAUGGAAGUAAAGUGACAUAUGAGAAAUGUAAACAAAAUUAUGGCCAGAAAACCGUAAGAAUUAUAUCUGUAGCUUAUAGCAUAAUCUUAAGGAAACAGGGUAUAAGUUUGCAGGCUGGAUUCAUUUGGCUAAAUAACAUGAUAAUAAAGAACCUUCUGGUUCCAAGAAAGCCAGGCAGUUUCUUGACUGACAGAGCUAGCUUCACAGAAGGAAUCUGUCCCAUGUAGUCAAUCAGAUGAAUCUCCUUAGAAAAAUGAAAAUGAAUUUCAGAAUUUGUUUUCUGUGAGAUAUAAACUAAAAGAACUUUUACUGUGUAUAAGAGACAUUACAUUCUUAUCACAUGAAAGACACUGACCCAUAACAUUAAUUUGGUGACAUUAAAAUUAGGGUCAGAGGAGCAUACAGGUUAGUUACCCUAACAUUACCAGGAUUUUAAAUAUUUCUCAUGCCUGUGUACCAUUUUGUAACAAAUGAC